UCCCGCUAUCUUUAAUCCGGCUCAGCCAAAAGACUAGAAUGACGAACUUCCUGCCUACAUUAUCUUGUUUUCAGGGGGGUUUCACUUUAACUACUAAAAGGUAACUACGUGAUUACAAAAUAUGACAUAGAGACGAAUAGUUAGUGUCGUGAAGGAGCUAAAGGCUAAACAGUUCGUCGUGACAGUCAGCGAUGUUCUUUGUAUGCAUGUUGUCUUCCUGUGGCCAAGGACGGGGAACUGGAGAACCACAAAGAGACUGAGCCUGUGUGUUGAUCGAGUGAAGUGUCAUCCGAGCUCAAAGAGUAUAUCCCAAGCAUUAAUUCGCCGGUAUUGUCACAGUUUUUAAGGCACGUUCAAUGCAGCGGUUGUCUCUUGAGUUCGUCGAGUGGAAGCAGGCAUUCUCCAGUUGCAGUAGGUUCCCUUUAAUUUCAUCUCUUCCGGCAAAGUCACUACAGAAGGAAAAUAGGCCUGUUACUGCAAUUAACGAGAAUUUAUGGGAUCACAAGUUUCAUCUGAUGAGAUGAGCGUGCGAGCGGGGCAGGGCAGUGACGAGGUGCUGGUGUCACAGGCGGUGUGGGAUUACCUUGUAGCCGCUGGACGACCCUGGUUGGUUGACUUCCAGGACAAGCAGGGACUGAGCGCAGACAUCAUCCGGCGCGGGGAGCGUGGUGGCUGCUGUGCUGUGCGGCUCUCCCCGGUGGAGGGCAGCAGCAGGACCAGAACUGGGAUGAUGGAGGGGCCGGUUUCUCCUGUUACACGGAAAGCUUUCAUAGACUUAUGCCGCUGUGCCCGGAAGGAGAUGACCAAACAAGAGGCGGCUCCAAAAAGGAAACGUUCACUUUUACCAUGCAUGAUGGCAAAGGAACCUGAUGGGGAAGGGACGUUGUUGCCUCCGCCUCUCCCUCAUCCACGACGCUCGCAGAGGCAACAGCAGAAACACAGGAAAAGUGCAGACAUGGACACCUGUGUGGUUUUACCCAUGCAACAUGAGCCCGCAGCAAGGACCGGUGCAGAAUUAGCCAUCGGUCAUGAAGAAGAGAGCACGAUUUGCUCUAUCUGCAUGGGCGAAAUGGUGGAAAAGACAACUCUGGACAAGUGUGGCCACUCGUUCUGUCGGUGCUGUUUAGAACAGGCAUUUCAAGUCAAAAAAGCAUGUCCUGUAUGCAGGCUGGUGUAUGGCCAGCUUAUUGGUAACCAACCGGCCAGUGGAACCAUGAUGGUAGAAAGAGACCCGGAUCUGGAGUUGCCUGGCCAUGAAGGUUAUGGCUGCAUAUGCAUAAUUUACAGUUUCCCUCCCGGUUUGCAAGCGGAAGAGCAUCCAAACCCUGGGGUGAGGUAUCCAGGCACAGACCGGGUGGCAUACCUGCCAGACAGCCCUGAGGGAAACCGUGUCCUCCGUAUGCUGCGCCGGGCCUUCGAGCAGCGCCUCAUCUUCACCAUAGGCACCUCCAUGACCACCGGCAUGCAUAAUGUUAUUACCUGGAAUGAUAUCCACCACAAGACAUCCAUAUGGGGCGGACCACGAUGCUUUGGUUAUCCAGAUCCUACAUACCUUGUGCGGGUGACAGAGGAACUGCGGGAGAAAGGAAUAACAGCUGAUUGAUUUCGGUCGAGCACUUGAAAACAAACGUGUGCUUAUCUUCACAAACGCACUGUGUCGAAUCAAGCCACAGUCGUCUGCUGCAGCAUUGAUUUGUUCAGGACGCUGUUUCACAAAGUUUCCUUUAAGACUUUAUGUUUAGCUUUGUUCUUUAGUUUAACUGAGUGAAGGCAGCGUGUUUCGCAUUUUCUUUGGUACGAACCUGGGGUGCACUUAACUGAGACAGAUUGCUAAAAUGUGUAUGUUAAGAAGGUGUACAUGAUUCCUCAUCUACAGUACAAACCUCCUCUUCCCUGUUUCAGGUUAGAAUCACACGGCUGCUGGCCUUUCUCUUCUAACUCAGUUUCUUCCAUCCAAACUAUCCUUAAUAACAGCCGACGGUAACAUCUGGAUGGAGACAAAUGGCGUAGCACAGUUAAAUGGGUACAGCUGGGGCAAUCCCAUACAAGCUUUUUUUUUCUCUCUCUAUUAAUCAGCACUAAGAGGCACUUUGCAAUGGAGGUAAUCUUUUUAUUAUGAGAAUUUAAAGUGGGUUCUGCCUGAUCUUCCUGAGUGCAGGAUCUAGAGAGGUUAUUUGUGGGCCUUUCUAAUUAUAAGGUCCUGUUAAAAGAAAUAAGUCUAUUUCAGUUUGUCCUAGCUUUCAUCACUUAAAACUUCAGUUUUUUGUCUUUCACUUUAGCAUGAUGUGCAUAUUUUUGCUUUAUGUUUGUUUGGUUCAGUUUUCCCUAGUUUGUAUUUUUAGUCUGUUUACUAAUUUUUGAAGACAUCCGUUUUGGAUGUCAAAACUUCUAUUAAGUAUAUAAAAAGUGAUGUCAAAUUGAAAGGGCGCAUAAACCACUUAAACCAAACCAAAACGUAAUAGCUCAAAACUUUUGUAACCAUUGUGUUUAUGUCUCAGAUUUGGAGCAAAGCCUAGCACUGAGCUUAUUUUAAAGAAUCAGCAGAUUUGUCCAUAGAAAAUUUGCUGAAGUAGAAAAAAACUCAGUAACACAGUGAAUGAGUCUCACAAAAAUACAUCCAGGUCUCACUUAACCCUAAAAUCAAAAGAAAUAAAUGAGGAAUUACAUUUUGCAUUUAGCAAAUUUUAGCACUAUUAAGAUUUUUUUUCCCAGUGAAACAUUCUUUUCUGAUCAUAUUUUAAUGAUUCAAAUAGGUUAAAUGUUCCUCCAUAUUUCAAUAACAAUUUCUUGUCAUAUCUAUUAUUCUGAAUUAUAAAUUUUCAUUACUAUUACACAUAUACUAUAUUACAGUUAUUCACUUUUUUUAUUGAUAACACAAAUUAAAGACGUAUUUGAAAUAAUUAAAUUUCAUUUUAAAUAGAUAAAAUAUAUAUUUUUUGAAUUACAUUUAUAAUAAAUGGCACAAUGCAAAAAACACACACAGAAUAACUUUCUGUCAGCCAAAUGUAUUUAGUUUUUUUUCUUUUGAUUUCGGUUGAGAUAUGACCCAGGUUUGGUGAGAUUCAUUCAGAUAUUUUAAAUAUAUGGCAGGCUGCUUUCGUUCAUGCAGAUUUAUCAAAUUUGUUUUGUAUUUCUCUCAUUGAAAUGUUAUUGUGCCUUCUGCUAAAGGUCACAGCCCGUUAUAUCUAAUGGUACUCAUUACUCGUUGGUAUUGGUUCAACUGUGUUCUGAUCAAUUAUGAAGCAUUAACCUUAUAGCAGUCUUUAGGCUUACAGCUAAAUGCCUCAACUUUAGAAAGCGGUGAUCAGGUCUCAAAUUGUUUUGCGCAAACCAAAACAUUUACUUUGUGUUAAUAAGUUUUUUGUUUUGUUAGAGGUCGCUUAUGUUUUACAGUAUCACUAAACAGAAAACAGUAUCAGAUUUGAGUUUUGUUUUGAUACCAUAUUCUCUUACUCCAACCUUUAUGUUAUGAAGGACCAAUUGAAUCAGGAUUUGUAGGACUUAAGUGUUACUGUCAUGCAAAAUUCUAUGCACUUCAAAGUCAGAUUUAUAAAAUAGACCUCUAUAGAUGACUGAUUGUUCAAAUUAAAUAAUUUGCCUUUAUAGUUGUGUUGGUUUGUAUUACAUAAUUGAAUUGUAUGCUAGAAAUUAAAAUGUGCUUUACAUUUUCAUACUUGAAUAAAAGGAUUCUGUUCUGUUACACUA